UACAUAUUCAAAAGGCGAAAGAUGAUGACACUUUUCCCAAAUAGAAACGUUUCCGAAGUUUCCUUGUUUAUACAUCUCGAUCAGGCUUGUUGAGGACACUCAUAUUCUGGAUUAAGGAAUAUUGUCAUAAAAAAGCACAUGAUUUGAACGAUAAAAACGUUUUACUCGAGCACAAAUAUGGAUGACGAAGAAGCUAAUGGGACAUCGACAACUUCUUCGUCUAACAAACCUCCAAGACCUCCACCACCCAAUAUAAAACGACCUGCUAGUAUUGCCCAGCACCUUGAUGCUCUUCAGGGGCUGAGGCCGGAAAAGGUUCGCUGGUUUUUCAAGGAAGAUAAAAAGUGGGUUCCAUUCUGUGGAAGUGAUUCGCUUGCAAUAGAGGAGUGUUACAGGAAGAUUGAUGAACUUGAGAAAUGUACUCAAGAUUCUGACACAGAGAUACCAUGUAACAGUCGUAAUUUGUAUGACCAUCCUAUAGUUAAAGGAGGACUGUUCGAAGUAGAUGUUGUUGCCAAAUUGUGCACACCUUUAUAUUGGAAAGAAACUAGCUUAGAGGUAUGUAGAGGAACAUGGUUCAUAGGAGCUCCCAGCUCUCCUGAUCUUUGGCAACCAAUUACAGAGGAAAGUGCAGAUCAAAUAGAGAAUUCACAUCAGACAAUAUGGAGGGCAAUGGGACUUCAUGUAGGACCAAUGGAAGAAGAUAAUAAAGCCAGAACAGAAGCAUUAGGGAGACUCACUCUGAAAGGCUACUAUGUGGAAUGGAAUGAUAUCACUGAUGUUUGGUUAUACUGGGAUGACAUCAAGUCUAGGAUUAUCAGAGGUGUUGGUACCAAGAUUGGACUUUCCUCAGCUGCAAGUCCCCUUCAUCGUGGCUAUCAUACUGAUGCCAUGGAUGUAGAUAAACCAUGUGAAAUAACCCAUUUGGUGUUUGUUGUCCAUGGUAUUGGCCAGUUAUUGAAUAUGAGCAACAUUGUAAAAAAUACUAAUGGCUUACGUUCUUGUAUUGGAACAGUAAUCGAGAAGAAGAUACCUGGCUUUCCAUCUAAUCAGCGUGUGGAGUUUUUACCAGUAGAAUGGAGAACGUCUUUGAAACUUGACGAAGGUACAAUUGAGUGUGUUACACCUAAAACUGUAAGUGGUAUUCGGAACCUGCUAAACACUAGUAUGAUGGACAUUCUUUAUUAUACAAGCCCAUUUUACAGAUAUGAGAUUAUCAACGCUGUACGUGACGAAAUAAAUCGUCUCUACGAUGCCUUUUGUAGGCGCAAUCCAUACUUCAAGGAAAAGUAUGAUAAGGUGUCCAUAGUUGCUCACUCACUGGGUAGUGUAAUAACCUACGAUAUACUAUCAUUAUGGGAUAUUGAAGAAAGGAAUUUAUCUGAAAAAGAGUUACCAAGUGCCACAGGAUUUCUUACUGAGAGCUUCACAUUCCUUAAAACUUUAGCCAGUCAAGAAGAACUGCAACCUUCGAGUUCUUCGAAUGAGUUUUCUCCAACUUCAUMUAAGAUAGAGAAGAACAAACCCAAGGAAAAUAUACGCGCUGAACUAGCAAAAGCACGGAAUAACGUCAUGGAGUUAGAAGCUAUGUUAAAAGCUACACUAGAAUUUGACGAAAACAAAGAAAACCCUACAGGGGAUUCAGACUGUCCAUAUGCUUUACGUUUUAAGAUAGAAAACCUUUUCAACAUUGGUUCUCCUCUGGCGGUGUUUUUGGCUCUUCGUGGUAUCCGUCCUCAAGAUGACGUUGAAGAUCAUGUGCUUCCCAAGUCUGUUUGUAAGAGAAUAUUCAACAUUUACCAUCCUGCUGACCCAGUGGCCUACAGAUUAGAACCUCUUAUUUGUGAGGACUACGUCUCCAUCCCACCAAUCAAAUUACACCGUUUUGAUCAAACUAAAAUUGGUUAUGCUCAAGAAAACAAGCCCCCGAGCUCGGAAACCAAGAGUUCUUGGAGUCUCUUUAAUUAUCGAGCUGGAUAUAGCAAACAGAAGGAAAAUUCAGAAGACAGCAGGUCAAGGUCUGCAUCAAUAAGCGACGGAAGUGAUCAACCAGAUGAAGAAAUUGUCAUUGUCGACCACGCACCUGGACCCGAGUUUCUUAAAGGUGAACCAAGCAAGGAAACAGUAYCUGAAAAGAAAGGUGGGUGGAUGUCCAGUUGGUUUGGAUCUAAACAACCAAAGAGYGUUGAUGAACAGGACGGUCGAAGUGACCCUGAUGGAGCAGAAGGAUCGYCYAAACAAAAAAAGUGUGAGCAUAUUGUUGUACCUAAUAAAGUAAUGAAUGAACGUCUGGAUUAYGUCCUCAAAGAAGGUUACAUGGAGAAUAACUACCUCUCUGCCGUAACUUCUCACAUUUCAUACUGGGGAUCGUGUGAUGUCGCAAGAUUUAUCUUGGAAAACUCAUUGGACUGUGAACAGGGAGAUGUGGGCUCAGAUAACUAAUAUCGUUUAUAACUAUUAAAGACAAGAUAGCAAAAUUGGUUAUGUACUUCUGAUUGAGUUGUUUGUAUUGAAGAUAAAGCACAAUGUUGUCUAGGAUAG